CGUUAAAUCCUUUUAAUUUGGCUAAAUUAGAACCUUUGUAUUCUUCACAGUUUGAUAAUGUUUUUGAUUCCUUCUUUCCUAUAACUAGAGGUGUUUCUUUUUGUAUUCAAAACAUAUCCUUAUAUGGAAAUAUUACAAUACGAAACGAGACUGUGCAAAAUAUAUAUAAAUGCAGAACUAACGCUGCAUCAGUGGACAUAACAGUGCCAUCCCAUGUACGGAUAACAAUCGUAUAGCUACUAGUUUCAGUGCACACAUCGCAAUAUGACUGGACUACUUCAGCUGUUGUUAUUGGUCAGCACGACCCUUGCCUCGGAGCCAUCUUAUCCAGCAUGCUCCAAAUAUGACUACGACGAAAAGGUUCUCGAGAGAAUGAUCCGUAUGGAGUUCGCUUUUGAGCAAGACCUUACGCGACUCAAGAAUGAAAACAAACGCUUGUCUGCGGUCGUUGAUACCCUAAUGGACCAACAGGAGCACGCGGAGCGUAGACUUGUUUCGCGCAUUGAAGAUGUUGAGAGCAAGCAAACUAGCACAGAACUGGUUUUGGCUAAUUCUAAUAAUACCUUAGAAAAAAUAAGUGCCGCCGUCGACAAUAUGAAAGACCACGUCGCUACUCCACCAGUGAACUUCCUGGCCCGCUCACCACAGACCAGCAGCUUGUCCAAAGGUGAGGUGAUAGUGUACACGACAGUUGAGACCAACCAGGGCAACGGCUACAGCCGCACCACAGGCACGUUUACCGCUCCAGCACAGGGUCUCUACCUUUUCUUUAUGCACACGUGUACGGCUUCAACUAAACUUGCUUUUCUACAUAUAGUGAAGGAAGGUUCAGUCCUCAUUGGAAGUGUACACUAUGACCAGGAUCAGUAUACCUGUUCUAGUAGUCAGGUGUUUGUUCAGCUUGAUGUCGGGGAAAAUGUCUGGGUGCAAUGCUCCAGUGGAAACUCGAACAUACAACUGUUUGACAAUAUUUUUUAUUGGACCAGUUUUGGUGGUGGUCUCAUUCACAACUGACGUGUUUAUGUCAUUGACUUUAAACAUCAAAAAGACAGAUCAGAUACAAUGAAAAUGAAAAUGAAAUUUCGUAGUAAUGAAUUAGUUAUUUUAAAAAUAAAACUAAUAACAAUAUUUGAAUAUUGUUUGUUAUUACUUAUAUCAGUUUAUCAUAGUUUUAAACAUUGUAAGAAUUCGUCUUUGUAACACGACUACAUGCUGUGUCAUGUUUAUGUUCUGUAAAAUCUAAACACACAUAUGUUAAUAUGAACUUUUUGUUUGUGUUAUAGUUACGGACACUGUAUACGCAUGUCGUCUGCUUUGCGGACUCAAAAUAACACUUUAUUUCUUAUAUCGUCAUUAAUGCAUGAAACCUUUUCCUUUAAUCCGUUGUUUUAUAACCAGUGUCAGUAGUUUUGUAAAUUUGUUUAUAUAAUUGAUAACACUGAUUGAUAUUCAUACUUAUGUAACAUGCGAGGCCAACAAGGCCAACAGAUCCCUUAAGAGAAAAGCAUGCUCGACCCUGAAUGGUCCACUUGUCUUUAUAUACAAUAAAUUCUAAAUCCACA